AAAUACCCACUUUACCGAAAUAUUCAAUCACAAACAAGGAAGAGUUUGACAAAGAAGGAAAUUAAUCACCAUACGAACGUUUAGUUUACAUCCAUUUCUUGUAUAGUGGGAUGAUUUGAUGCAUUGGCCUAAUAUGGCCCUCGUGGAACUGCUAACCGUUUGUGCCGUGCUUUUGCCUAAAGCAGUAUCUGCUAAUGUUUGCGCCACAAGUCACCUAUCCAACAAAGCAUUCCGGCAAUGUGGACAAACAGGGUUUGCAAUGCAGUGUAACGGAAGUAGACUACAUUCCAUUCCUAGCGAAUAUCCAAACCCAUCAUCACCUCUGUCCGGACCCCUAUGUGUCCUUGACUUAAGUGAUAACACCAUCACUGCUGUUGAAAAUAAAACAUUCUUUCAAGCGAAAAAUUUAAAUUCAACUGAGAUAUUGUACUUAAAUCUGAAUAAAAAUGAUCUAUGCUACCUAGAAGGUGAGGCAUUUGUUGGAUUAUCAAAUUUGAAGUUUUUAAACUUGUCACUUAACAGAUUGGUUUGGAAGGACAGCUUCGCCCCAGGAGUAUUUGCACCUCUAAUUAGCUUAAAGAACAUAAAUCUUAAGUGUAAUUAUUUCAACACGUUUAAAGGGCUAGAUAUGGAACUGAACCUGAUGAAAAGCUUAGAGGGUUUAUUAAUCACACCAAGGAUACACGAAAAUAGGUAUUCAUUCGGGAAAGGCUUUAGAAAAUUAAACCUAACAUCUUUGGACUUGUCAUCUACACCUGAAUGCGGUUGCAAACUAAAGGAAAUAGACAACCAAACAUUUCGAAAUCUUUUACAUAUACGGACACUUUACGUUCGUGGCUGUUUUAUUUAUAACAUUACAGAAGACGCAUUGAAACCACUUCACAACACCCUCCAAGUCUUAGAUGUAUCAGGAAAUACAAAUCUGACCUUUAAGGGCAUGAAUAAAGCGCUAAAUGGUCUAGUAAACUCAACAACUCUGAAGGAAUUAUAUGUGAACCGCAUACAUGUUCGUCACAACCUUGGCAUAGAAAUAAAACCAGAUAACUUCCGAAGUCUAAAUAAGUUACAAAGUCUGGAAAAGCUAUUCAUGGACUUGAACAAAAUAGAAGUUUUUGACGAAGACAUAUUUUAUCCAAACCCGAUGUUUCCUCAAUCUUUGACUCUUCUAACGCUGGCAGGCAACAGGCUUACAGAUGGAAACUACGUGAACUUCUUAUUUAUGGUCAGAAAUCUAACAACCUUAGAUAUAUCUAGACAAUUUCUGGGUUAUGAUCCAUUUAAGUUUAGACAUAAUGAGAUGUCUUCCCAUUCCACGCGUUAUACGCAACCAACUACAAUAUGUGAUGUCAGUAGUUUGCCUACUUAUGUAAGAAAUGAAUCAGUGGACGAUAUAAAGGACGGAGACGUUUGGGAUAUUGUUGUACAGAAAAUGUCUCCAACCAACUACGAUAUCAAAAACAUAGAUCGAGGUGAUUGGGCAGCAUUGUUUGCCAAUUCGCCGAUUGGUUUCGAAGUCAUUUGCACGUGUAAUAUAUCAGUAGCGAGGAAAAUGAUAUGUCUACCAGAACACCUUCUGCGCUUGCAGUGGUCUCGGAGUUACGUGUAUGGUGCGAUACCUCCAGUGUUAUUAUGCGGAACGAAAAAUUUGGAAUUUUUGGAUUUAUCGUACAACUUGCUGUCACGCUGGACAGGACCGGUGUUUGGUUUGCAUCAUUUAAAGACGUUGAACUUGUCUGAAAAUUACUGCACAAAUAUUUCAAAAUUCUUCUUUUUUGGACUUCAGAACCUUGAAAUGCUUAAUCUGACAGGAAAUAUGCUACAAGAAUCAUUUCACCCUAACAAUGCAGAUGCAGGUGUUAUGUUUGAAAAUCAAAAGAAAAUGAAAUUGUUGAUCUUCUCAGCAGUCAAAGUAAGCAUUUUGCAUCAAGAUUUGUUGAAUUCGAUGAUCGAACUGGAAGAAUUAGAUCUUUCCUAUAAUCACAUACGGACAUGGAACUUGAAAUUAAAAAGCUCUUGUUUUCAUCACCUUGAUAUAACUUCCAACAGACUAUCUAGUUUGCCAGAAGAGUUCAGAGCUUAUUUGGACCAAAUGGCAGAGUCGGAAUGUGUGAAAAGCAAAGAUAUAAAGGUUACCGUUGAUAUGUCAAACAACCCUCUUGAGUGUUCAUGUGAACAACUUCCGUUUUGGCAAUGGUUUGUAACUUCCAGUGUUAUUGUUACGUCUAGGUCAGGUAAUUGUAUGCUCAAUGGAAAGAGUAUACCUAUUGAAACUAAUGAAGACGUCCACAACCUCGUAAAACUGCUUGAAAAUGAUUUUUGCAAAGACCGAACAUGGAUUACUUGGGCAACUGCUGGUGGAAGCUUGCUGAUAGGAGUUAUUGUUACAAUUACAUUAGGAACAGCGACAUAUAAAAAUCGAUGGAAGAUCAGAUAUGUAAUAUAUAGUCGUGGACGGAGAUAUCGACAUGCGGGGUUUGAGCACUUAUUUUCUCAUGAUGCGAUGAUAUCGUAUUCCAAAGGCAGAGCAAGCUUCAUAAAAAACUCCUUGGUUCCUUGCCUAGAACAGCAGCACCAAUUUGAUUUCUGGAUAGCAGAUAGAAAUUCCCAAGCAGGUGUAUCUGUUGCGGAGAAUAUUACACAUGCAAUUUGCACAAGCCGGAAGGCGGUGUUGCUAAUUGACAGCGAAUAUAUGUCUGAUUCUUGGUGUGACUAUGAUAUGAACAUGGCUCUAGUAGAAUCGGUGGAAACCAAACGAAAUAUGAUAAUUGUUGUGCUGAUGGAAAAGUUUCAAAUGAAAACACUACCUGUUCCCUUUUUACGUCUUCUGAAGAAUGUGAGAUCGCUGGAGUACCCAGACCAGGAGCAAGAUAUCGACACAUUCUGGAAUAAUCUAGUAGCAGAGAUAAAAUCUUAAAAAAUGGUUCGUCCGUCUAUGUGAAUCUCAACCUAAUUCACAUACGCCCAGGCCAGAGAUGAGAAUAUUGCUGACAACAUACUAGUUGUACAUAAGUGUUUAUAAACUCUUCAUCUCGUCAUAUUCUGUCAGCAAACGUAUUGCUUUACACACAUAUAGAACGUGUUAUUCUGACUACAGUUGUUAGCAGAAAUGUGUUUAGGAAAAGUGAGCAGUUAUUGUCAUAAGCACUAAUUCAAACCCCCAGUUAACUAAUGGCCCUUGUCUUUGAGUCCCUAAAUAAGGUCUAGAUUUUAAGUUUUACAAUACCGCCCCUGAUUCAAAGUUGUACAUAAAAAAAAGUUUGGAACAAGUCUGCGGUGAUAAGCAUAUUAACUAGUUUUAACUCCCAGUUUACACAUGGUCUAGUUAACUCGUGUUUGAAUGAGGGUUCAAAUGCGGUAAUCCCGUCAUAUAUGGUUUGUUGUCUGUAUGUUUAUGUUUGCCGUUAAAUAUUGUAUGUCCUUUAAAUAGAGGUUAUAUAAUUAUAAGUUUGAAAACUUUGCUUGUUCCUGAAGAUUGGGUAAUUGAACCGAUUGUUUUCAAGUACGAUAGUUAUAUAAGUAUUCAUAUGGUGGGUUGUUACAUCCGGCAUUUCAAAUACUGCAAUUAAACUAUUGUUCCUGUCAGUUAUUUCCAUGAACACUGUUAUCAUGUACAUACAAACCUUUUCACGCACACAUUGCAUACAUAUGAUAACAUCUACAACAUAAGUUAUGGAGUUUGGAAAUCAAAAUCCUCUUGUUUGAAUGGUUAACAGUGUUAUUUUUAGGUAGCAUUAGUAUAUUAAAACUCAUUUACAAAUAGAAAUGCAAGGAGAAUAAACGUAUCGAUUGUGAUAAAACACAUAAAUGAAAUAGGAUGGUGAAGGUCAUACGCAUACAGCUAUACGUAUUAUUAUAGUCACAAGAAAACACAAACAUUCACGCACACAUCCAUUUAUUCAAACACGCAUGCACAGAACAAGGAAAGAGUUUAAUAGAUGGAAAGAUGACCCUGUUAUACUAGUAUUUGACUUAAAUUGUUUGUAAUAAAUUCCAUUUUAGCAAGUGAGUCAAAAUUUUAAUUUGGGAUAUUGCUAUCUGUUAAACACUCUUGAUUCGAAUAUUUAAAUAGAUCUGAUAUGCAUUACACUAUGGUUUGUUAUUCCUGUUUUGUUUUUUUUGUGCUUAAAUAUAAAAAUGUCUAUAAAAAUAUCAAAAAGUUAAUUAUCUCCAUGCAUUUAUGUUUAAAUUUUCCUAAGAGAGUUUUACGUCUUGUUACAUCAAUUGCGAUGCCAUUUUAAUUCUUAAAGUUGGUUAUCUUACAUCAUACAACCUUAACUGAUUGAACACUCUAAAAACAAAUGUUCUCAAGUUUUUAGAUUACAAUUACAAAAAUGCAUUUAUAUCUUUUAAGUUUAUGUUUAGAUAAUGUUGUUAGUAUGCGUGUAAAUCUUUCUUUUUAUACUGAAAAGAGGGCAAGGGUUAGUUAUAUAUGAAUUUCCAUUCGUUGAAAUUUAUUUCUAUGCAGUAUUCCAACCAUUUUCAUUUUUCAGUAACUUUUUAAAAACCUCUGUUUGAACGUUUGUAUUAUUUGUUGAUUUUUCGAUUGUUUAAAUAUAGCUCAACAACGUAAUAUGUUUUUGCUGUAAGUAGUUUAUAUUUGUGUUACAUAAUUUUGUUUUAAUAUCGUAACUACAAGGAAAUAACAAUAGUUAAUAUUUUAGGUAAUCAGAUUUAUCAAGUCUAAAUUGGUAUUUAAUUUGGUUAAAGGAGUGAUAUGUUUUUGUUCGAUAAUUGUAAGUAUUUACGAGGUACUUGAGUUCUUUGAUAUACCAACUUUUGUAAAAUAAAGGGUUCCCGUCAUGUUGGGUUUUGUGAUUAUUCCUAAUAAUGUGACCGUCAACUUCCUUGUUUACAUUGCUAUUUUGUUCACUGUGUUCAACUGUGAACAAGAAUGGAAAACAUCAAAGAUGUACGACCUUUUUUUUAAAAAAGAUUGACACGGAUUCAUUUUAAUCACUUUCGAAUAUAAUUUUAUUACUAUAAUAUUAUUUUCGAAUUAUUCGUUUCUUUUUUAUUUUGUCAGGUUUGUUGUUCCAGGGAAUUUAAACAUGGCAUUUUCCUAUUCUGUAUUUAUAUUCUAAAACAUAUUAAUUUUGGUAAUGCUAAUGUUUAAAGUACAGAAACUUUACCAAAAAAAAAUAAGUUUAAAAAAAACUUUGGCAUAAAUUAAUUACUAAGGAUUGAAUGUAGAAAUUAAAUGUAAGUUUAUGCUACAGAUGCUAUGUCGAAAGAUAAUGUUGUUUUUUUCUUUGGAAGGAAGACAUUAUUGCUGACUUCGAAUACGUCUGUAAACAUUGACUCAUUAAGGCAUUCCAUGUUCAUAUUACUUUUCUAUAGAAUAUAAAUAAAUAACUAUGUUGUAUUUUGUCCGGGGUGGGGGGUCUUUAUUAUUUUUUAUUUUCCAAUUGCUUUCAGUGAACUCAGAUACAUUUUUCUAACAGAUCUGGAUACACCAAAAAUGUGUAGCAAACAUAAGUAUUUUAGUUACAGAUUCUUUUUAGAAUAUGGGAAACGCCGUUCCUUUAUAAUACUUAUAACAAUUGAUUGAUUUCUUUAAUGUUCAAAGCUUCUUAUUAAGACCUAUUCUGUUUUGUUGUACACAAAUGUAUAUAAAAAUUUUGUUAUGAUUGUACCAACGGUUCCAAAAAGAACAAGAUUUUUGUUCGUUAUCCGUGGUCGUUACAAUGCGUCGUCUGCCACCUUUUGUGAAACAUGUUGACUCAUAAAUGUUCCAAUGACUGUUAACAAAAUAGAGUCGAAAUUUAGGGUUGCGUUUUAUUAUGGACAAUUUUGAGGCUGAGUAAUGUAUGGCGUUAUUUGUGUAUUGCUAAUACCAAUUUCUUCUAUAAGUCAAUAAAGUGUUCUUUGCUUGA